AUGCUUCUCACCGUAGAAAAUGUUCAUGAGUUGAUGGGAUUACCUUCCAAUGGUCUACCUGUGAAGUUAACAGAGUUCGUAGAUGAAAUUGCAAACCUAUGUGAUGAACUUGCGAUGAAGAAUAAAUUUGUUCCGUUCACAUCUUUGAAAUCUUAUCUGCUUGAAACAAAAGAUGCUGGAACUGAAUUUAAAAGGAAAUUUGUCUUAUACAUCAUUGGAGCCCUCUUGUGCCCCACCACAAAGGCAGGCGUACACCAAUCAUUCAUUAAAAUGGUUAAAAAUGUUGAGUCCAUCAGUCAAUUCAAUUGGGCAAAGCACACCCUUGAUUUUCUUGUCGACCGCAUUGCUAUUGCCAAGGUCAAAGAGCGGUCUGCUAUGUGCGGCUGUUUGCUUCUUCUAAUGUUAUUUUACUUGGAACAAUUUGCUCGCAAAAGGGAGUUGGUGGCUAUUUCCAACUCCAUUCCUCGCUUAUCCUAUUGGGGCAAUUCAGAAAUUAAGCAGGGUUUGAAUCAAAUUAAAGCUUUGGGAGAAUAUUUAAAUGUUGAGGUGGCUUUGCCUAACAUUGGUGAAAAGUCCAAUGUAGUAACUCUUAGCCAGGGAAGAAUUGACAAGAAUGAUGACUCCCGAUUGGCUAAAGUUGAGAAACAAGUCAUUGAAAUUCAUGCCCUUUUGGUCCAAGGCCACAAGGACACAAGGCAAGAUGAGGAUGAGAAACGUCUAACCAAAGUGGAGAAUCAAGUUGAAAAAAUUCUUGAGUUGUUAGAAAAACACAUGCUAGUUGAUGGAGAACAAGUUAAAACACCACCAAGCAAACUACUUGCGGAGCAGCGACUGGUCAAAAUGGAGAACCAAGUUGGUCAAAUUCUUGAGUUUGGUAUCGAAACGGUUGUAGCCAAUUCCCCGAAGUUUGUAGAUGAGGAUGAGAUAAGGAAUAUGAAUGACAAAAAACCAAUGGAAACUUUGCAUUUGAGAAAAACAAAACCGAUCCUCACACCACCAAAUGCAAAGGCAGUUGCAAAGAAACGAGCCAAAUUGGUUGGUGGGAAAGCAUUAAAUAAUGAACAACUUUCUAUUCCACAAAAGGGGCGAUUGCGCGCAAAAAAUAGCGAUACAAAGGCAGUCGAAAUGAAUGCUGUAACAAUGUCAUCAUCAUGUAGUGUUGUUCGUGGUCCUCAGACUCGAGGGACCCAGAAUUGCAAAGCCAGUCAGUGGUUGCAUACACCUUUUGUGAAAUUUGAUUAA